AUGGGGAUAUCCGACUUUGCUGUCGAUCCACGAAGCGGGUUCUGCGCGGAAACUAGGACUUUUCACAGCCUCAGACCUACUGUUCAACUUCCACCGGAGAAUGUUCUUCUCUCGGCCGAUGCAUAUACUUACUCACUCCGAGCCCCUUCGCCCGGCGAUGACUCACCCGUUAUCAUCAACUCAACCACCGGUCAGCGGCUGUCUUACUCCGAAUUCGUCCGCCGCUCCAAAACCUUGGCAGCCUAUCUCCAAUCGAUAGUCGGGCUAAACAAAGGCGACGCCGCGUAUAUACUCUCUAACAAUCUCAUUCAAGUUCCGGUGCUGUACUUUGCUCUGCUCUCACUCGGGGUAGUCGUCUCUCCGGCCAAUCCAAUCAAUACCAAAGCCGAAGUCGCCCGCCAAACCCAGCUGUGCAGGCCCGUGAUCGCCUUUACCAUCUCAACCGCUGUUCACAAGAUUCCAAAACUCCGGUACGGAACCAUUGUCAUCGACUCGUUCGAGUUCGAGUUAAUGAUGACGAGUCCGAGACGUGAAAUGGUCGACGUUAAGGUGAGUCAAUCAGAUCUGGCGGGGAUCAUGUACUCGUCGGGGACAACCGGUAAUGUCAAGGGAGUGAUGGUGACUCACCGGAAUUUGAUUGCGAUGACCGGGAGUUAUAUGCAACGGAAGGCCAAUUCGCCGGUAGUGCUACUGCAGAUAGUGCCGUAUUUCCAUGUGUACGGAUUUCAUUACGUUUUCAAGUGCAUGGCAAUGAAUGUGACAGUGGUGAUUAUGGAAAAGUAUGAUUUGGAGAAAACGAUUGAUGCAGUGGAGAAGUACAAGGUGACGGACUUGGCUGUUGCUCCACCAGUGGUGGUGGCCAUGUCGAAAAAGGCUGUAACGGAGGGCCGCGAUUUGAGUUCUUUGGAAACCGUGGCGUCCGGGGGAGCCCCUCUCGGCAAGGAACUGAUCGAAGCAUUCACAGCCAAGUUCCCCGGCACAGUGAUCAGCCAGGGUUACGGGAUGACUGAAGUAAUUGGAAGAAUCUCCGAAGCAUUGGAUCGGGAAGAAUGUUCCCGCUGGGGCUCAUCAGGAAAGUUUCCAGGAAUUUGGGAAGCCAAAAUUGUUGAUCAGGAAACAGGCGCUUCACUGCCUCCACUCAAGCGGGGGGAGCUUUGGGUGAAAGGACCUUCAAUUAUGAAAGGUGAAUGA